AUUCUUAAUGCAUGAUCUUGUCAAUGAUUUGGCCCAAAUUGCAUCUUCAAAACUUUGUGUCAGGUUGGAAGAGUGCCAAGGACCUCAUAUGUUGGAACAAAGUCGGCAUAUGUCGUAUGCAAUGGGGAAAGGUGGUGACUUUGAGAAAUUGAAACCGCUCUCUAAGUCAGAGCAGCUGAGAACAUUGCUUCCAAUCUCUAUCCAGUACCUUUUCCGCCGUAAUCUAAGCAAGAGGGUGCUGCAUAACAUACUGCCAAGGCUAACAUCUUUAAGGGCAUUAUCAUUGUCACGUUAUGAGAUUUUGGAGUUGCCGGAUGCUUUGUUUAUCAAAUUAAAACUCCUGAGAUUUUUGGACCUUUCUCGGACGCAGAUUAAAAAAUUGCCCCAUUCCAUCUGUGCAUUGUAUAACUUGGAGGCACUUCUCCUGUCAUCUUGUGCAUAUCUUGAGGAGCUACCGCCGCAGAUGGAAAAGCUAAUCAACUUGUGUCAUCUUGACAUAAGCGACACUUAUCGCUUGAAGAUGCCGCUACAUCUGAGCAAGUUGAAAAGCCUCCAAGUGCUAGAUGGAGCCAAAUUUCUUUUAGGUGGCCCCUGUGGUUGGAGAAUGAAAGAUUUGGGUGGAGCACAUAACUUGUAUGGAUCUCUAUCAAUUUUAGUGUUGCAAAAUGUGGUUGAUAGAAGGGAAGCUCAGAAGGGAAAGAUUAGGGAGAAGAAUCAUGUUGAGAAGUUAUCGUUGGAGUGGAGUGAAAGUGAUGCUGACAAUUCACAAACUGAAAGAGACAUACUUGAUGAGCUACGCCCACACACAAACAUAAAAGAACUCCAAAUCUCUGGAUAUAGAGGGACGCAAUUUCCAAAUUGGCUAGCUGAUCUUUCGUUUCUUAAGCUCCUAGUACUAUUGUCUCUUUGCAACUGCAAGGACUGUUUUUCCUUGCCAGCACUAGGACAACUUCCUUGUUUGAAAUUCCUUUCCAUUAGAAAGAUGCAUCGAAUAACAGAGGUGACGGAAGAAUUCUAUGGUAGUCCGUCCUCCGAAAAGCCUUUUAACUCUCUUGAGAAGCUUGAAUUUGCAGAGAUGCCUGAGUGGAAGCAGUGGCACGUACUUGGGAAUGGAGAGUUUCCUGCACUUCAGUACCUUUCAAUUGAUGAUUGCCCCAAGUUGGUUGGGAAGUUCCCAGAGAAUCUUUGUUCUCUGACGAAAUUGAGAAUCACAAGAUGUCCUGAACUGUUUACCUCCCAACUUGAGGGAAUGAAGCAGAUUGAGGAAUUAUAUAUUAGUAAUUGCAACUCUCUUACCUCCAUGCCUAUUAGCACUCU